AUGGAACAAAAUCCACCAGGAACUGGCUCAUCAAUACAUCUUUCAACUAAAAAUGAAUUUUUAAUUGGUGGAAAAUAUCGUUUAGUACGUAAAAUAGGUUCAGGUUCAUUUGGUGAUAUUUAUUUGGGUAUAAAUAUAACAAAUGGUGAAGAAGUUGCUAUUAAACUUGAGUCAGUUAAAGCUCGUCAUCCUCAAUUAUUAUAUGAAUCAAAAUUAUAUAAAAUAUUACAAGGUGGUAUUGGUAUACCACAUAUACGUUAUUAUGCUCAAGAAAAAGAUUAUAAUGUACUUGUUAUGGAUUUACUUGGACCAUCACUUGAGGAUCUCUUUAAUUUUUGUUCACGACGAUUUACUAUGAAAACUGUUCUUAUGCUUGCCGAUCAAAUGAUUGGUCGUAUUGAAUUUGUGCAUAACAAAAAUUUUAUUCAUCGAGAUAUUAAACCGGAUAAUUUUCUAAUGGGCAUUGGUCGUCAUUGUAAUAAAGUAUUUUUGAUUGAUUUUGGAUUAGCAAAAAAAUAUCGUGACAAUCGAACUCGACAACACAUUCCUUAUCGAGAAGAUAAAAAUUUAACAGGCACAGCUCGUUAUGCAUCAAUUAAUGCUCAUCUUGGUAUUGAACAAAGUCGUCGUGAUGAUAUGGAAUCAUUAGGUUAUGUUUUAAUGUAUUUUAAUCGUGGUUCAUUACCAUGGCAAGGUCUUAAAGCAGCAACAAAAAAACAAAAAUAUGAAAAAAUAUCUGAAAAAAAAAUGUCUACACCUGUUGAAAUACUUUGCAAAGGUUUUCCAGCUGAAUUUGCUAUGUAUUUAAAUUAUUGUCGUGGUCUUCGUUUUGAAGAAGCACCUGAUUAUAUGUAUUUACGUCAAUUAUUUCGCAUUUUGUUUCGUACAUUAAAUCAUCAAUAUGAUUAUACAUUUGAUUGGACUAUGCUCAAACAAAAGGCAGCUAAUGCAGCAUCAUCAUCGACGGCAGCAACCGCUACAGCUGGUUUAACUACAGCUACAACUGCUGGUACGACGAUGGCACCACAACAAAUAUCAACUACACAAAUGACUACGACAAAUAUGAUGAAUACAGGCAAUAAUGGAGCAACGCCAGACUUGCCGAAAAUGAAUAACAAUGAUUAA